AGUAGGGCAAGCGGCUUAUUGCUGUCUUUCUUCUAUAGAGAAUCAGAAAAGAUGGUCGCGCGGUGUCUUGUUUGCCGAGAGUGUCGAGCGCUUGGCGCUUCUUCGAGUAUCUGGAAAGCUCGGGCGGCGCCCCUGCGGUUUCUUCACGGCUGCGGGCCAGCAGGGUCUCUGUGCCCGUUGCCGCGGUCUCUGUUUGCCCAGGCCUUGACGACGUGCAUAGCCCACGGAAGUUCCACAGGGAUGGGGCCCCGGGUAUUGGGGCGGGCCCAGUCUGUGCCCGGGACGUAGCUAGGUACGCAUGUCAAAAAAUAGAUACAAAAGACGGCGCCGCGCCACUGACUUGCCCGGGCGCCUGCUUCAGGGCGUAGCGCCCGCCCCGCUGCCUGCGUGCGCGAACGCGCGCGCGGGGGCUGGUAGUUUUCCGC